AUAUACAUACAUAAAAUCAAAUAUGGAUGAUGAAUAUGCUAAGCUCAUAAGAAGGAUGAACCCACCUAGGGUUGUGAUUGAUAAUAAUGCAUGUGAAAACGCCACUGUUAUUAAGGCCUGAGACCCAACCACAAUUCUUAACAUGGUAUCAGAGCCUGGUUGAAGAUCCUGCGGGCUACUGCUAUCAGGUUUCCGCUAUCGGACCAUCCACUGUUUAUAUGCACGCUCUAGGGCGUGAAGGUGUAGGUUAAGAGUUUCACACUGGACAAUAUAUGACCUGAACAUGUGUUUAUAAAUAGGGUAAUCCUCACUUUGCAAGUCGAUUUUGUUGGGUGGAGUUAGGUUGAUAGUGUUAACAAACAUGGGAUACUUCUUGAUGUAGUCCAAGUUAUUUCAGAUAUGAACCUUGUGAUAAAAAAGGCUUAUAUCUCCUCUGAUGGGGUUUGGUUCAUGGAUGUGUUUAAUGUGACGGAUCGUAAUGGAAGCAAGAUCAAAGAUAAGGAGGUCAUUGAUUAUAUUCAGAGGAGACUUGAAAAGAAUCCAAGCUUUGCAACGUCAAUGAGAGAGUCUGUUGGGGUCGUACCUACUGAAGAGCACACAGUUAUUGAACUUACAGGCACAGACAGACCUGGUUUACUAUCUGAAAUCUGUGCGGUGCUCGCAGACCUUCACUGUAAUGUGGUUACUGCCGAGAUUUGGACGCAUAAUACUAGGGCUGCAGCAGUAGUUCAUGUCACUGAUGAUUCAAGUGGAUGUGCCAUCGAGGACCCGUCGCGUCUCUCGAUCAUAAGGGAUUUGCUUUGCAACGUUCUCAGGGGAAGUGAUGAUCCGAAGACAGCUAGAACAGCACUUUCGCAUCCUGGAGUUAUGUAUAGGGAUAGAAGAUUACAUCAGAUUAUGUUUGCCGACAGGGACUAUGAAAGGGUUGAAAAAGCAGGACUCAGAGAAAGAGAUAAAAGUCCGUUUCCACAUGUAACUGUCUCGGACUGUAUUGAAAGGGAUUACGCCGUGGUUAUCAUGAGAGCCAAAGAUCGACCAAAGCUAUUGUUCGAUAUUGUUUGCACUUUAACUGAUAUGCAGUAUGUAGUUUUUCAUGGUGUGGUUCAGACAGAAAGGACAGAAGCUUAUCAGGAGUUUUAUAUUCGGCACGUUGAUGGCUUUCCGAUAAGCUCAGAGGCUGAGAGAGAACGCCUUAUACAGUGUCUUGAAGCGGCAAUUGAGAGGCGGGCAUCUGAGGGGAUGGAGCUAGAGUUGUGCACGGAAGAUCGUGUAGGACUUCUCUCCGAUAUCACAAGGAUUUUCCGAGAAAACAGUUUAUGUAUCAAAAGAGCAGAAAUAUCAACAGAAAACGGGAAAGCAAAAGAUACAUUUUACGUCACCGAUGUAACUGGUAACCCUGUCGAUAUAAAGAUUAUCGAUUCAAUCCGCAGACAGAUCGGCGACACGGUACUGCAGGUGAAACAUAACUCUAGUCUUUCACCAAAGCCGCCUCAAGGAACAACAAUCGGGUUUCUUCUUGGAAGUUUUUUCAAAAACCGAUCUUUUCAGAAUUUUAAGUUGAUCAGAUCUUAUUCUUAAGUGUCCUCUCUUGUGUAUAUUCUUACUAUUUUCAUCAUGUUUCAAGUCAAACAAAAAUAAUGCAUACAUGUAGAAGAAACUGUAAGUAUCUAUCUUCCUUCCCUCAGCAAGAGGGGCUUGGAAUUUAUACUGCACAGUAGAAAUCUCAAAUAUCUAUUAUGUAUUAGUCUAGUGUAAGUAGUUGUUUACAGUAACAUAUUACUUAGGUUAUGUUUGGUGUAAAUAUUGCUAUUUUUAGGUGGUGUAGUUUGGAGUCCUUGUAAAUUUGAAUGUGUAAUGUACAUUAAAUUGAAUAGAAAAAAAUACUAUGUAAUGUA